AUGACAAGCAACUUUUCCGAGCAGAAACGGCUUUCGAGUGCCGGAGUUUACAAUGCGCCAGAAGAGCACGGUAGUAUUGGCGAGAAGACGGAGCCGCACCUCAAUGACACAGUUGCGAAUCACUUGACUCGAUCGCCAUCGCAGGCAAAGCGAUGCGACUCAGGUACCUACGACGUCCCCCAAGACUAUAGCGACUUGAACGAGACUGCAUCAGUUCCAGCGCUUGAUACACUGUCACCGAGACCAACGCAGGGUCAGUCAACAAGGCGAAGCAGCGCAGCCCGCCAUGAAAAUACAACUGAAGAACCAGAGCCUCCAACACGAGGGACAGAGAAGAACACAUCGAAGCUUCUCACCGGGCUAUACACACACUCGUAUCUUGUGCUUUUUGCAAUUAUCGGAACAUUGGCGCGCCUAGGUUUGACAGCAUUGACGCGUUACAGCGGUACUCCUGUGAUUUUCAACACAAUAUGGGCAAACUUUACUGGAAGUCUGGUCAUGGGGUUUCUUGCAGAGGACCGAAAGCUUUUUCGCAACGAGUGGGGAAUCCCAAAGUAUGACGAUGCUAUUAAGCGUGCUGCAGAGAAGCGCAGCGAAGGGGAGGGCGAUUCUGGUUCGAGUCGGCGAAAUGAGAUAGAUCUGGAGGCAGCGAAACGGGCGCACUUGGCCACCAAGAAGACGAUCCCGCUGUAUAUCGGACUCGCGACGGGCUUUUGUGGAAGCUUCACGACGUUCUCGAGUUUCAUCAAAGAUGUUUUCUUGGCCCUGUCCAACGAGUUGGCGACCCCUGGAUGGCCAGACUCACCUACAAGCCGUAACGGGGGAUAUUCUUUCAUGGCCAUGCUGGCUGUCAUUAUCACAACGGUUGGGUUAUCGCUGUCCGGAUUAAUUGUGGGAGGUCACUUGGCCAUAGGUCUCGAGCGCAUAACGCCAUCGAUACCAUUUUCGCUGAGUCGACGCGUGUUUGAUCCGCUGAGUGUACUCCUUGGUUGGGGCUGCUGGCUCGGCGCUGUCCUGCUUGCCAUCUUCCCACCUCAUGAAGCCUGGAGAGGUCAAGCCAUCUUCUCACUAGUAUUCGCACCCUUGGGUUGUCUCCUGCGCUUUUAUUUAUCCCUUCACCUCAACGGAAAGAUGGCGACAUUCCCGGUGGGAACCUUCUCUGCCAAUGUGCUGGGAACAGUGUUGCUGGGAAUGGCGUGGGAUCUUGCACACGUGCCGCUCGGUGGAGUUAUCGGUUGCCAAGUGCUGCAGGGCAUUGAGGAUGGGUUCUGCGGAUGUCUGACCACAAUUUCUACUUGGGUGGCUGAACUGGCUAGUCUACGAAGGCGAAGUUCGUGGAUCUACGGGAUAACAAGUGUCGUUGUCUCUCUGGUGAUGAUGAUUGCUAUCAUGGGAGGACUGCGAUGGAGUGAUGGGUACAGCAAACUCUCCUGCAAAAACUAA